AUGACAGUUGGAGCUGUUCUGCAGGUGCUUGCAGUGUGGUUGCUGCUAACUGUGGUGGCCAUACAAGGAGAUGAAUCCUGUAAGCCACCACACCACAUGAGGUGUGACAAUGGAAUGUGUAUAAUGGUCUUCUUCAGAUGUGAUGGAGAUAAUGACUGUGGUGACUGGUCAGAUGAACAUGGCUGCAAUGGCACAGAGCCUGCUACUCCAGAGUGCAUGGCUGAUGAAUUCAGAUGUGGAGAUGGCACUUGCAUCCCACCUGAGUGGAUAUGUGAUGGGAGUCAGGACUGCAGUGAUGGUAGUGAUGAAGUGCUGGGCUGCAGCAAACGGCUAUCAUGUCAUGAAGACUUCCUAUGUGACAACCACCACUGUGUCCCAAAAGCAUGGCAGUGUGAUGGGAAUGAUGACUGUGGUGAUGGCAGUGAUGAAAUGAAUUGCCAUGGAAAAUCAGCUAAGCCAGACUGUGAUGUUGCCCACAACUUAUAUGCGUGCAGAGAUGGCCUACAUUGUAUAGAAAUGACUGAAGUGUGCGAUGGCACACCCCACUGUCUUGAUGCCUCAGACGAAGGUUUACUGUGCCAAAAAAGCAAAUCACUAUGUGCAUCAAAUGGAUGCACUUUCAAAUGUCAGCCAACACCAAAUGGACCAUUGUGCUUGUGUCCCUUGGGGUUUGCUCUUGUGGAGGAGAAGUACUGCAGAGAUGUUGAUGAAUGUCUCACCUAUGGCAUCUGCUCCCAGAAGUGCAACAACACCAAUGGUGGUUACUUGUGUUACUGUGCUGAAGGCUACUCAUUGCAAAGCAACAACCAUACCUGUGCUGCCAAUGAGGGUGAAGCUGUACUGCUUUUUUCAACAAAAACUGAAGUUCGUGCUUACUUCAUGAAAAACAAGGUGUACAUAACUAUUGCAGACAAUCAAAAGCAUAUAGCUGGUGUGGGAUAUGAUGGUUCCUAUGUCUACUGGACAAGUGUGAGAGACGGUGAAGAGGCUAUACUGCGAAGCAAUGCAGAUGGUUCUGCAAUAGAUGUUCUUGUCACAUCAGGUCUUAGCUUGCCAGAAGACUUGGCCUUGGAUCUUGUGACUGGAAACAUAUACUUCACUGAUGGGGAAGAGAGCUACAUAGGGGUAUGCACAAAAACUGGCAAAGAAUGUGCAGUUCUGGUGAAUGAAGAUGUACUGAAGCCCAGAGGCAUUGCCCUACUGGUCCAGAAGGGGCAAAUGUUCUGGUCUGAUUGGGGAAAUGUGCCAAAAAUAGCAACUGCUGGGAUGGAUGGAUCUUUUCCUAGGGUACUUGUAUCAGAGGUUCAGUGGCCAAAUGGCAUAGCAAUAGACUUAGGGAAUCAACGUCUAUACUGGGUUGAUGCCAAGCUCCAGACAAUAGAAUCUGUGGCCCUGGAUGGCUCGGACAGAAGGAUUAUCCUGAAAGAUGUUGUGAAGCACCCAUACUCAAUAGCAGUAUUUGAAGACACUUUGUAUUGGUCUGACUGGCAUGGAAAGCAGAUCUUGUCUUGCAACAAAUACACUGGGAAGGAGCACAAGAAUUUAGUGAGGUCAAGAAAAAAUCAUAUUUAUGGAAUAAGCAUCUACCAUCCUGUUCUCCAUCCACAGGUGAGAAACCCAUGUGAAAGUGCUGGCUGCAGUGACAUCUGCAUGCUUGCUCCAGGUGAUUCAUACACUUGCACCUGUCCAGAAGGAAAGCAGUUGGCUAGUGAUCAGCAUACUUGCAUGGAUCUCCAGAGGAAACAGCUAAUUGUGGCAACUGCCGGCAAUCGAAUAGUGGAGGUGGAGCACAGAAUCCUUGGAAAGCAAUCGUACUCAGUUAUGAUGCCAACGGGUAUUCAACAGAUAGAUGCUACUACAUACAGUCCUGUAGAUGAUAUGCUGAUAUUUGCAGACAACUCACAGAGAAAAUUAUUCACUCUGUCCCUUGCCACAAUGAGCCUGAAGACUUUGAUCAGACGCAGGAUUGGGUGGCUAACUAGCAUGGAUUUUGAUCCCUAUGGCAAUAACUUAUACUGGACGGACUCCGAACGCAACAUUGUUGAGGUGAUGAGCAUGGCUACAAAACGACGUAGUGUGUUGCUGCGAGGGGUUGGUGAUGAGGCACCUCACAGUAUAGCUGUAGUCCCACAAGAGGGGUACAUGUUUGUUGCUUGUGGGAUGGAAGGCAAGAUACAUAUAGAUAAAAUGUUCAUGGAUGGUUCUGGUAAGAGGGAUCACUCAAUUAAAGGUAUUAAGGGGCCAGAAGUGUCCCUGUGGUAUGAAUCUGGUUUAAAUGAAAUUUUCUGGGCUGAUAGUGGAAAGAAGACUAUCAGCAGCUUUCCCAUUGAUGGUGAGGGCAGACACAUAGUGCAGCGACUGACUGCUUCUCCAGUGGCUAUUGCCUCUGUUGCACAGGAUCUGUUCUGGACUGUUGGUGGCAGCAACUACUUGUAUUGGGCAAAUAAAUACAUGAUUGAGGGAAAGGUCAAGAGAGUUAUGUUAGGGAUGUACCUCCAAGGUAACAAUGAAACUUGCAUUGCUGAUGUCUGCAAAGGGAAUGAAUUUCAUUGUGAGAAAGACAAGAAAUGUAUACCUGCAGCAUCCAGGUGUAAUGGAGUUCCAGACUGCCCAGGAGGAGACGAUGAGAGGAACUGUGAUCAGUGCAGGGAUUAUGAAUUCAGAUGUGACAAUGGCCAGUGCAUAUCAUUUGAAAUGAAAUGUGAUGGUACGAAGCAGUGUCAAGAUGGGUCAGAUGAAAGGCACUGUGAAAGAACAGCUUGCUCGCCAGAUGAGUUUGAAUGUACGAAUGGUGGGUGCAUAGACAGGCAUAUGCGCUGUGAUGCUCGGAGUGACUGUGAGGACAGUUCUGAUGAAGAAAACUGUGCUGCAGUGACCUGCCAAGACGAGGAAUACAGGUGUGAAGUAGGUACUUGCAUUCCUGCCUCGUGGGAAUGUGACAGUGAAGUAAACUGCCCAGAUGGCUCUGAUGAACAUGACCAGUGUCCUCCUCCUACUUGUGGACCACAGGAAUUCAUGUGUAGCAAUGGGAACUGCAUAUACGUGGAAUUUAUCUGUGACACACAAGACGACUGCGGUGAUGGCUCUGAUGAAAAGCAGUGCAGUGCCCCUACCACAAAAAACAUAUCCUGCACAAAAGAUGAAUUCUUAUGCUCCUCAACAAAAGGGACAUGUAUUCCUUCCACCCAGAGGUGUGAUGGCAAUGCAGACUGUCCAAAGGCAGAAGAUGAGAGAGGAUGUGGGUGUGAUCCUCAAGAAUUUGAGUGCAAGAAUGGAAAAUGUAUUGCUUCUUCUUGGGUCUGUGACACAACGAAUGACUGUGGUGAUGGAUCUGAUGAAGACCCAGAUAGAUGUACCAGCAAGAAAGGAGAAAAGAAGUGUGCUGGUUUUGCAUGUGCAUCUGGCAAAUGCCUGGAGGUUAAGCAACUAUGUGAUGGCACUAAAGAUUGUGAAGAUGGAUCUGAUGAGGGAGGAAAGUGUGGAUCUGCCUGCAAGGGUAGCCCUUGUGAUGGUGGCUGUCAACCCACACCAGCUGGACCCCAGUGCUACUGUGAUGAAGGCUAUGAGCUUCAAUCUGAUGGGAGAAGCUGCCAUGAUAUCAAUGAAUGCCUGCAGCAUGUGUGUUCACAGGUGUGCUUGAAUGUGCCUGGCAGUUUCAGGUGUGCCUGCAUGCCAGAGUACUCACUGAAGUUAGACAGAAUAUCCUGCAAGGCCAAAGGUCGUCCUAUGGAAUAUGUGUUCGUUGUUGGCGAAAGUGAAAUACGCAUAGCUUCACAAUCAUUCAGCCAUGUUGAUGUUGUACACAGACAUACAUCCCUCAAAGUAACAGGCCUGGAUGUUGAUGCCAGAGAGGACUUAGUUUACUGGAGUGCUCGUGACACGAACACUAUUUACUCUCUCUCAUUAAAGACACGCAACAAGACUUCAGUAACUGGACUAGGAAAACCAACAGAAAUAGCUAUAGACUGGCUGACAAAGAAUGUUUAUUAUGUAAAUGAAUUGUUUGUAAGCCAAAGCUAUUUGCAGGUAUGCAGUUUCGCUGACAAGUUAUGUGCCAAGGUGAUAACUGGAGAGCACAACACUGAAAUAAGGAACUUGGUGGUUGACCCACCUUCAGGCCUCUUGUUUUGGACUGAGACCAGUAUGUUCACAUUUGGCACUCCAUCAAAUGCCAUACUGACUGCAGAAAUGUCUGGAGCAAACAAGCAAAGGGUGAUAAAAUCAAUCCUGGGAUAUGUUAGUGGCCUGGCCGUGGACCCGAUAAAGAGGAGACUGUACUGGGCAGAACGGUUGUCUCAUGUUAUAGAAGCAGUUGACUACAGUGGUGAAAACAGGCAGCAGCUCUUCAGGAAACAGGUGGAAAACCCUACUUGCCUUGUGCUGUUUGAGGAUAACUUAUACUGGCUGACCUCAGGAUCUGGUGUGCUAACAAGAUGUCGGAUUUUUGGAGUGCUUCCCACAUGUGAAAAGAUUCACAUCCAUGCAUCUGAUGCUGACUACUUCACAAUUGUCCAAGAGACACGUCAGUUAAAGGGACAUAACCCCUGCAAAGGACACAGCUGCUCAUAUUUGUGUGUGCUGUCACCACGUGGUGCAGAAUGCCUAUGCCCAGAUGGUAGUGUGGUUGAUGCAAACACUCCCUGUAAAAGGAAGGACAAUCCUCCCAAUAUGGGUAUUAAUGAUGGUCAACAUAAAACUCUUGCAAAGGCAAAACCAAAUACAGCAGAAGGCAACUGGUCACUUGCAGCAGUUCUCACUGUAACUUUCUUGAUCCUUGCAAUAAUAGGAGUUGCGUACUAUUUGUACAAGAGGCAAAUGGUUAACCUGAAGAAACUGGAUGUUAGUGUUCAUUUCCGGAACCCAGGAUUUGGAUUCCAGAGCACUCCAGGCCCAAAAACUUCAGCAGCAGCAGCUCUAAAACCUGGAGAACAUGAAUAUGUGAAUCCACUCCAAAUGCCUAAAGAGACAGUCUCUCCACGUGUCUAA